AUGCCACAUUUCAGCACCAAGACCAGCUGCUGGGCUGCAUUAUGGAUAGCUCUUCUCAUUCUUUCUGUGAUCGUCUCGUUGAUACCUGUGAAUGACUUUGUUUUAGGUGAAUGCGAGAUAACGAGCACACCUUUCGAAAGCCAGUCCAGCGACGACGAUACAUGCCUCGUGAAAGUCAACGUUACCGUUUCUUUGCAAGAGUCGGACCAACCCUUCAAUGCCGAGGCCCAGAUAGAAAAACGUUGGGUAUAUCGUAGUGUGAAGUACUACAGAUGCGAAGAUGGCGAUGAGUUAAACGGAAAGUUUAAAGAAGGAACGAAACAUGAGUGUUGGGUCGACCAAAAAGUCAAUACUGUUCAUUUCUUUUCCGAGGGAACUGUAACCGCCCACUGGUAUGCAAGAAUAGCCAAGAAAGGCGUGAAGAUCAUGGCUGGCUUCUUUGGCCUUUGUGCUGUCGUUUGCGCUAUCCGCAUUUGCAGGCCUAACUGUGAGACUACACUCUGGCCAAGGCUUGCUCGUAGGCUUUGGAGGAGAAGCAGCAGCAGUUCUGGUCAAGAAGACACCACACGGACAAACAGUGAGCUCCGCCGCACAGUGCAUACACCCUACGAAUAUACGUUGACGACUCGUAUUGCGAGACCCCGCCUGGAAAGGUCAUGGGAAAGAAUUUCUGCGCUGGUUGAUAACGCCAAAGUCUCAGACACAGAAGCGCGUCAGAUGGUCGCGAGCGGAUGGUCUUGUUGUAUAUGUCUCGACUCUGAGCCGGAGGAUGGUUGCUUGCAAGCCGUAACCCGUUUGGAAUGCCAUCAUGCAACCCACUCGGAAUGCUUGCGGUCCUGGCUUCUAAAGGGACGAGCGGUCUGCUGCCUGUGCAAUGCGGAUGUAUUCCCGAAGGAUGAGAAUCGGAGGUCUUUAAGUGGAGACAGCGACUCUGGGUCUGAGGCAAGGUCUGCAAAUUCCGAGCCGGAGGACGUCGAAGGCAUCUCAUCAUCCCGAAGCACCCCUGCCAGAAUUGAACGGCCCGAAAGUCCCCUCACAGCUAUUCUACGCCAACCGCGAGAUAAUGAUUAAGCAUCAUUUGUAACAAAUGACCACAAGUAUAAGUAAUUCGAACCAUGAAUAUUGCGGAUAGCGAUACUAUUGUUCAGAACUCUGCUUGCGCUGAGUUUAUGCCAUGCCCCAGCUACCGCGAAGUCAGGGGAAUAGCUGUCUCAUAAUAUUGCCAACGACAGAGUUCAGCAUGUAAUUUUAUGAUAUCUUCGAAUAUCCCUCUAGGCUGGCGGAAUGGUUGUUUUCCCAGACGCCUCAUGAUUUCCAAACGAGAGUUCGGAUUAUUGAACGGAUGUGACGGCAUUCCUUUCUUCGUCUUUUCAAUAUGCACGACACGUAAUCAUGAAGUUCCAUCUUCAUACAGAAGCAAGAUAGACUGAGGCGGAGAAAGAAGUUGCGCUAAUUUUUUACUUUAUUACGAAGAUGAGCGAUUGGCUUCACUUGAUAUGCUUCU